CUUCUUCCCUUUCCUGGAUCUCAUGAUGGGGUGAGGACACCUGAAAAAGACAAUUCUUAGUGGAAAAAAAGCUGGAGCAUAGAUGGGUCUUUCUUACCUUCAACCCUCCAAUGCCUACCUCUGUGCUCUGUGUUUCUGGGAGGAGUGUGAUUGCAGAGGCACACAAGUGAGGGCACUGGCAACCGGAAGUGGCGUCCAACCCGGAAGAAACCUAGGUGGGCAACCUGGCACCCCAUCGGCAGCUCCUGUCUACCAUGGGGCCUCCUGGGGCUGGAUGGCAAGGCAUUUCUGCUGAUUCUGAUGAGGAAGAUGAAGAUGUGCCCCCUGCAGAGGAGCCUGGGGACCCCCAAGACGUCUGCAGCCAGAGGAGGAACAACCUGGGCUUCUGGUUACUGGGACUUUGCAACAAUUUUGCUUAUGUGGUCAUGCUGAGUGCUGCCCAUGAUAUUCUCAGCCAUCAGAAGGUUCCAGCCGGCAAUGGGACUAAACCGACUCCUCCUAGUGCUAAUGAUUCCCGGUAUGACUGUAAUGCUGUUUCGACAGGGGCUGUGCUGUUAGCUGAUAUUCUGCCAACUCUUCUCAUUAAAUUCAGUGCACCUUUUUGUAUCCACUUGUUUCCAUAUGGGCUGCGUGUUGCAAUCUGCGUUAUCACAGCCUGGAGCAGUUUCAUACUGGUGGCCUUCUCAAGAACCACAGCACAAAGCAUGACAGGUGUUGUGCUGGCCAGUAUUUCAUCUGGCUUGGGAGAAAUAACAUUCUUGGCAUUGACAUCUUUUUUCAACAGUUCUGUGGUUUCUGCUUGGUCCUCCGGAACUGGCGGGGCUGGCUUGAUAGGUGCCCUUUCCUACCUUGGCUUGACACAGGCAGGGCUGAGCCCUCAACACACCCUCCUGGUCAUGACAGUUAUUCCUGUCAUCAUGCAGGCCAGCUAUUGUUUCCUGUUGGCUCCACCUCCUCAGGCCCCCCGCUGCGGCUGGGGUCCUUCUAUACAGAAAUCCCUGCGGUCGUCUUCUGUGACCCACCAACCACUUCUGGGGGGCAACAAUACACCCCAAAACACUCCAGAAACGCAAACCCCUCAGCUCACUUUGCAGGAAAAAGGGCAAGUGGUCAAGGGUAUCUUGAAAUACCUCAUCCCUUUGGCUGUUGUGUAUUUUGCAGAAUACUUCAUCAACCAGGGCUUGUUUGAACUGCUGUAUUUCCGAAAAGCACCUUUUAGUCACUCGCAACAAUAUCGCUGGUACCAGAUGCUCUACCAGGCUGGAGUCUUUAUCUCACGUUCCUCGGCUGCCUGUAUACGGAUUCGACAGAUAUGGCUCCUUGCAGCACUGCAGUGCCUGAACAUGGUCUUCCUUGUGAUUGCUGUAAACUAUAUGUUUUUACCAAGCAUCUAUUUGGUUUUCGUUCUAAUCAUCUAUGAAGGAUUGCUGGGAGGAGCUAGUUAUGUGAACACCUUCCAUUCUGUCAGUGCAGAGAGUCAGCCAGAACAUCGAGAGUUUGCCAUGGGAGUGGCUUGUGUAGCAGACACAUUGGGUAUCUCACUUUCGGGUGCCAUUGCCAUCCCGGUCCAUGACUAUUUCUGCCGUCUCGCCUGAAGAUUUCUUUCCAGUGGGACCAGCAGAUGCCUCAAUGUACAAGAGCUUCAUUCCGGAGUGGUAUAUCAGCCAGUACUGAAAAGGGGAAAAAUGAGACUUUUUGUAUAGCCCUCCUCUGGCUGAACAGGGAGUGGAAAGGAGGUUGUGUGGGGUACAGCCCUCAGUGUUUAUACUCUUGGUCAAAUUGAUUAUCAGGGAUUUUGUUUUAAUUCAGGGCUCCUCCAGACUGCCCAACAGUGCUGGUAAAUGUCAGGGGUUUCUGUUUCAGAAUGCCAUACUUUGUAAAGCUCGUUUCUGCUCAUGCCUCCACUUCUGCUCUCAAUAUAAUGGGAUUUGGACCCCAGUGUGCUGCUGCUGGUGUUAGCACAUUAAAAGAAUGUUACAGUUCUACUUCUAAAAGUUGCUGCCACUUUAGCAUCUUAAGUCUGAAAUAAAGAAUAGAAAGAAAGACCAGCAGGCUAGCAACUGAAAGAAAGGAUGGGGGAAAGGGAAAUAGUUGAUUGGUCUGGUAAUCAGAAGUGUAAGGAUGGAACAAAUAUAAGUUGAAAACAUUCAUUCCAAACAUUAUCUGUGGAACCACACACAAUUCCAGAACUAAGACAAUGGAGAUGGAUUCUUGGGGCCAAAAAGCCACACAUUUUGCAGUGAGUCUAGAACGUUGUGGCUAAUAGUGGAAAUUCAUACAAAAAUAAUGGGAAAGAAAUAAUAUUUUAUGCAGGAAAGCUCCAGUAACUACAGCUUCCCACCAAUUCCCAAGGCUGCAGGCCACUCUGGAUAAGUGUUUAGCAAGAAUCAUCUUUUAAUGUUGGGGAGCACAGUUUUGCAAGGAAAUUGGACUACAACUUCAAGAGUAAUAGGGAUUUGGGGAGAUAACUGUCCAUUAUUUUUUUCUGAAGGGUCAGUAGCUUCAUUACAGCAUGCAGGACCCCAGCUGGAUGGAUGUUUGUGCUACAUGGUUUUUGAAGGAUAAAUGUUUUAAUGUUGCGCUUAUAAACCACAGAGCACUCUCUUAAUUUUGAGAGAGGUGCAAAAAAUAAUAGUACUUACUGUUUAUUCACAUAACUGGAUUUUGUAGAAGAGGAAAAACAGUCAAUAUUCAUAGGUGACUUUUUAACAGGAAUCAUGAAAAAGAGCUUGGGUCCAACAGGUAUCUAUUUCAAGAAGGAAAAAAUGGUAGUUUUACACUGUGAUCAAUUUCUGUCUUAAACACAAUCAAUAAACUAGCUUUUCAAAAGA